AUGUUAGGAUUUCAAGCUAGAAGAUUCAAGCACUUUUUGUUGACAUACAAGUAUGUAGAAGGAAUGGUUGACAAAAGAGCUCCUUACAGAGAUGCUCAUAUCGCUCAUGCAAGAGCAUAUGAGCCAAGAGGUUUAGUUUUGAUAGGAGCUUUGCAAAAUCCAAUCGACACUGGAGUACUUUUAUUCGAGGGAGAGGAAAAAAUGAUUAAAGACUAUGCUCAAAAUGAUCCAUAUGUAGUUAAUCGGCUUGUUACAGACUAUACAAUUAGAGAAAUAACGAUCGUAGCUGGAAGCCUCCUGAAGAAGUAA